UAAUACAAAACAAAAAUUAACCACCUCACCGGUUAACGUGAAAUGUUGCCAUUCACACCACAAGUCGUUAAACGUUUAUUGGCAUUAAAAAAGUGUAACGAAGACAGCGUCGAAGGCAAGUGGUCCGAAAAGGCCGUCAAAAAUCUCGUCAAGAAAAUCAAAAAGAACUCCUCCCUCGAAGAACUUGAACGUGCCAUAUCCACACAAAAUCCCAAUACCAGGUGUGUUACUGUCCCACGCAGCAAACCCACUGCCUCGGGUGAAAACCUACGCAAGGGUUUGCCGCAUGUUAUCUACUGUCGUUUGUGGCGCUGGCCCGAUCUGCAGUCGCAAAAUGAAUUGAAGGCCCUGGAUCACUGUGAAUAUGCCUUUCAUUUGCGCAAAGAUGAUAUCUGCAUAAAUCCAUAUCAUUACAAGAAAUUGGAGCUAUCCAUAUUAGUGCCGAAAUCAUUGCCCACACCACCGGAUAGUAUUGUUGACUAUCCGCUCGAUAAUCACACCCAUCAAAUACCAAAUAAUACGGAAUACAAUGCAGCCACAAUACGUAGUGCGUCGUUAAGUCCACCACAGUACAUGGAUAUUGGAAGAAAUCAUCCACAGCAGCAGCAGCAACAACAGCAUAUAUAUCAACAGGAUCCACGAUCGCCAAGUAAUUUCUUUACCGGUAAUAUGAGUGGAGCUACGGCUCAACAACAACAGCAACAACAAAUGUCCACAAAUAAUUUGCCACCCGGUGUGGCAUGCAACAUGGACUCACAGUCGAGUGUGCUGAGUGUGGGCAGUAAUAGUAUGCCAAAUACCGGCACACCACCACCGGGUUAUAUGAGUGAAGAUGGUGAUCCGGUAGAUCCGAAUGAUAAUAUGAAUAUGACACGAUUAACACCGCCGGUUGAAUCGGCACCAGUUAUGUAUCAUGAACCGGCAUUUUGGUGUUCCAUUUCCUAUUAUGAAUUAAAUACCCGUGUGGGUGAAACAUUUCAUGCAUCACAGCCCUCGAUUACGGUCGAUGGCUUUACCGACCCCUCCAAUUCGGAACGUUUCUGCUUGGGUCUACUCUCCAAUGUUAAUCGCAACGAAGUUGUCGAACAGACACGCCGUCACAUUGGCAAAGGUGUACGCCUGUACUAUAUUGGCGGUGAAGUGUUUGCCGAAUGUCUCAGCGAUUCAUCGAUUUUUGUACAAUCGCCAAAUUGUAAUCAACGCUACGGGUGGCAUCCGGCAACCGUAUGCAAAAUACCGCCCGGCUGUAAUUUGAAAAUAUUCAAUAAUCAGGAAUUUGCCGCUUUGCUGUCACAAUCGGUGUCGCAGGGUUUUGAGGCCGUGUAUCAGCUAACUCGGAUGUGUACCAUACGUAUGUCGUUUGUUAAGGGUUGGGGUGCGGAAUAUCGCCGGCAGACGGUAACCUCUACACCCUGUUGGAUUGAGCUGCAUUUGAAUGGGCCAUUACAGUGGUUGGAUCGGGUACUAACACAAAUGGGUUCACCACGCAUGCCAUGUAGUUCCAUGUCUUAAA